UCCGAUUGUUGUUGAAUCGGCUACAAACAUAUCUUUCAUUACUAGAAAGAUGGCGAUUUCAUCGGAUAUUGAAUCUUUGUCUUGUUCAACAUUCACAUUUUCAACCGAACUUCGUAAUCGACUUCAAGGACGUAGUUUAUCUAUUAACCGUGAAUCCAUGAACAUGAAACAAUUAGAAAUAUUAAUUAAUAAUGGAUUUGAAGCGGAAAAAGAACUUUUAAACCCAUUUCAUGACGCAUUAAAUGCGUUAAAAUUACGGGAAAAAAAGGAGAUCGAUCAAUUAAAACAUACAAUUAAAGAAGAUGCGGAAAUUAUUACUCGAAUAGGGUGGAAGAAAUCUUAUAGUAUAUUUGAGACAUACGUUGAUAAUGACAACGCAGCAAAUAAUAAUAUUAGCGAAGAAGAAAUUAAUAGAAUUCAAUCAAAAUAUCCCGAGGUCAAAGAUAUGAUAAAAGAAAUUAAAAUUGAUUCCUCUGCUUGGAUUAAAUUGAAACAAAGAUAUGCAUUAUCAUAUAUUGUCGUAAGAAAUGUUUAUAAAUUAUUAGAUAAACCUGGAAAAAUUUCAGAUGAAAAAAAUAUCGAUAAUGCACUUCAAGAACUGUAUUGUAUGUUCGUUGACAAAGAGACUGAUACGCAUAAAUUAGUUGAAAAAUAUGUGAAGCGAUCACAGCAGGCACUCACUGGUGCGAACACUACAUUCAAUAGAAUUGAACAACAAGCCAAAAUAUUUACUCAGACUAAAAAUGAUUCUGAUUUUGUUCAAGAAUACCUAACCAAACCAUUUUUUGGAAAAAAAAAUAAUUUCAACCAAAAGGUAUUAGAAGUUUUCUUAAACGAAUACCAAAAUUGGAAAAAAGAAAGCUUUCCAAAUACUGUUGAAGAAAUGGUUCCAGAAUUUUCUUUUAACAAAGAGGAAAUGGAGAAAAUAAGGGAAAAAUUUUCUCAAGAGAAAAAAGAUAUUGAGAAUCGUGAAUUUGAAAAAAUACGUAGUAAGUUAGAAAAAAAUUAUAACAAUGGACCUCUACGUGUAAAUGUAUUAGAAAUAAUAAAUGAAGCAGAUGAAGAUAACGUUCGUCUAACUUAUAAGUUAGAAACAAAUCAAUUACAAAUAACUAUUUAUGAAACAUUAUUAAAAGAAUCAGACAUCUUGAAAAUUCAAGAUGAUGAGUUUUAUAUUUCAAGUCCUAUUUUGUCUCCUUCUGGUGUUGAUUUUCUGAUCAAUCCUAUAGUUUAUGAUUUCAGAAAAAUAUCUCAAAUCGGUAUUUGUAAAUUCCUUCUUGUGCUUUACAAUAAAAAAAAGCAACAAAUUGAAAUAUACUUUGAUACCGCUCAAAAGUUAGCACAAGGAUUUAAAGAAUCUUCAAUUAAACCGUUUAAAAUAUGGAAGUCCGAUAAAAAUUUUCUUAUGGCAAUUAAUGAGCCUAAAGAAUUAAUUGCUAUAUUUGACACAAGAAAUGUAGUGCUAAGUGUGUUUGCUUUUAUUGAUGAUAAAACGAAUUUAUAUGCACGAGAUCCAGAAAUACCGUUAUUACAACGUUAUAGUGGUACCACUCCGAACAUUCAGCAUUUCUUGUUCAUUAAAGAUACUGAAGAAAUUUGUUUCGUUGAGAAAGGUGGACAAGCACGGAUUUUCAACCUUGUAAAUAAAAAAUUUCGACCAACAGUUUGUAAUCUUCCACCAAAUACAUCAAAUGUUUUAAGUUCUCCGGACGGCUCCUGCAUUGUAGCUUUCGCAAAAAAAACUACAAUUGAUGAUGAUCGGGAAAUAUGCCGAGCAUAUGUUUAUUUUUGUACAAAUUUUGGAAAUUCCUCUAUUAAUAAAGUCGUCAAAUUGCCCCCAACUAUUCAAUCAUUAGAAUUCCUACAAUUUAUUUGUGUAAACAAGCAACAAACUCAUUUAAUGUCAUUUAAUUUAAAAAAAGGAUGUUUAGUUUCGGCAAUUGUUAAGAUCACUCUCGAAAAAACUCAAUAUAGAUUUCAAGAACGAAUGCAAAGAGUAGUACGGGUAAAAUUAGCAAAUCCUUUUUACAAUUAUGCUUUAAUUGAAGGAAAAUAUACCCAAUUUGAGAAAUAUAUUCAAAAUGGUCAAAAAAUUGAGAUAAUGGGAGAAAAAUUCAAUAUAAUCAAAGUAAUUUCUGACACCGAAUUAAAAGUUGCUGGGAAUUUUAAGUCGACAAGUCGGUUUGAUGGAUGGAUGGAAUUUCAAAUUGAACCUAUUGAACCAAAAACGAAACUUAAUAAUCUUAUCGAUGUUUAUAAAUUGAUGUUUGAAAAAUACCCCAUUGAAAAUUGGAUUGAUUCUGAACAAAACAAUCCUCUUAAUCUAAAAAUAGUUCUUGAUAUUGAUGAUGAUGAUAUCGAAGAAUACGGCGAGAAAUUUGAAUAUUAUAUAUACGAGAAUUUAAGAUAUUCUACAAAAAAACUUGCGACAAUAUUAAAGAAAUUUUCCGUAUCAUUUACUAAGUUCCAAGAACUUGUUGAAAAUGUGAAAUUUUUGAAAAUAUGUUCGUCAGAUCAUUCACCAGAAUAUAAAUUAGAUGAAUGGAUGAUUAAACUUUGUUGUUUAAUCCCUAUAAAGAUUGCAGUGACAAGAAAUAAUUUGUUUCAACCUCUUAAUGAUGAAAUGAAUGAAGUCGAUUGGGUUGAAUCUGAUAAUGGAUAUGGUCAUUAUGUAAAUAGUAUAGCAAAGAAUAUAUCUUUUGGAUUGUACGAAGGAAUUUUAAAGCAUUUUAGCGAUAAAAAAGUAAAAGUUAUUUCUAGUGUUGGUGAACAAUCAUGUGAAAAACUAAAUCAUCUUGUCGGAACUUCAUUUAACGAGUCAGCAAUGCGUUGUACUGAAGGUGUAUGGAUGUCAUUAGUGAAUACGAAGGAGUAUAUUUAUGUCACACUUAACUUUGAAAAUUUUAAACAUCAGGAGAUAAGUCCACAAGAAGAUUUACUUUUAACGAUGUUUAAUACAGCCGUAUCAAAUCUUAUUCUCUUUAAGAAUCAAUCAAGAGAUAUGUUGUCAAUGGCUAAAAAAUUUCAAGAUGGUGCAAGAUUAUUUGAGACAGAUUCAGAAAUCCUUCAGGCAAAACUUUGUAUUAUUUUAAAAGAUGUUUCUAAAGCCGACGAGGAAGUUAUUGUUAAAGAAUUUAGAUCAAAAAUAUCUCAAUUAGUUUCGGAGGAAGGAAAAGACAACUUUAUUUCAAGAAUGUACAAAGGAAGAAUAGACAUCGUUUCUUGGCCAAAGUUUGAUGAUGCUGGAUGGUCUAAGACCUUAUCCAAUAUUAGUAAAAAGUUAGUUAGACAAGAAGCCAUACAUGAGGAUGCUAAUAAUUUCUUACAAAAUAUAAAAAUAAUCAUGGCUAAGUUAAAGAUAUGUGACUGGACUUCAUUAGAAAAAACGUUCAUACAAAUUCGUGUUGCAACAUUAACAAGGUUACUUCCAACCGCUGUUUCCUAUGGUUUAGAGCAGGAAGAUCCUAUUAUUGAACACCUUGUGAAUCGUGAUUCUGGAGAACCAAUUGAUGAUCAAAUAGUCAUCUUAUCUGAUAUUUUAAGUGGCUACGAAGGAUCUACCAAAAUAUUACCAGAUUCUGAGAUCCAACUAUACGACGAACAUGAGUCUUUUGAACGACUUUCUAAAGAUUUAAGAAAGUAUUUUGAAUACAUUGUACAAUCACGAAAAGAAUCAUCGAACGAUAAAGAAUGGUUUGCUAACUUUGAUAAAUUCUUUAAAUAUAUUAUUGAACGUCGUACUUCACGUGUUCAAAAUUGGUAUAUGCAAAAUAUUGCUAAAUUUCCACAAGAUAAUAGUGAUGUUGUUAAUGGAAAGUAUGCGAUGGAGCAAGAAUUAAGCAAGCUCACACUCCUAUGGACCUUGUGUGGAUUAAUAUGUCAUCAAUGUGGUUUGAAAUGUGUCAAAAAUCGGGAUCACCAAGAAGAUCAUGACUGUUUAACCGAUCACAAAUGUCAUUUUUUUUGUCACUUUACUGAAGCCCAUAACGACAAUUUAAUCCCGAAAUGCAGUCACAAAGCUGAUCACGAAGGAAAACAUGCUUGUGAUAAAAUAAGCCAUUUAUGUGGUAAACCAUGUAGUCUUAAUGACAAGCGUAAUUGUCAAAAAGUUUGUUCAAAGGAAAUUGGACAUGAUGACAGGGAACAUUUAUGUCAAUCAACAAUUCAUUAUUGUGGAGAAGAUUGUUCAUUGUCGACAUAUACUGAGAAAGGAGAUUAUAAUUGCCCAAAUAAAUGUGUUAAACCAAGUGAAGAGCCUCAUGAAUCACACAGUUGCGAAAAUAAGACUUGCCCAAUUCAAUGUCCAAUUCCGAAUUGCCAGAAAAAAUGUAAAAGUAACAAACAUUUUCAUUCCUAUGAUGAUUUAGAAGUUAGUCAUUUUUGCGGAAAUGAACAUCCGUGCCAAGAAAAUUGCGAGGAAGAUGGUAUAUGUAACAUAGUAACUGAACCAAAGCGACAAAUAGCAUUUACAAAAUGCAUUCAGAAGGAAGAAAAAUUAAGAUGCAAUAAAAAAAUUCCUCCAUAUGAAUUUGAACAUACAGGAAAACACACGCAUCAAGAUAACGGGUUUCAUUAUUGCGAUAAGAAAUGUCCAUUCUGUGAAUAUUACUGUACAUUACCUUAUGGUCAUACACAAAGUCAUGACACGAAACAUGGAAAUAUGAUCAUUGAUGAUGAUAAUGAGUUUGAAUAUACGAGACGUAAAUUGAAAGAUCAACGAUUUAUUCUUUGCAAUUUGCGUUGUAAAGAUUUAGGCAGACAUCGCCAUACUGAUUAUUGUAGGAAUGAAGAAAGUAAAAAUGAAGAAAGUUGUCAAUCAGGAAAUCAAAGACAUGAUAUAAAACACGUUGAUGAGCAAAUUAACCUUGAUAAACCGAAAGAUUUCAUCUCUCACAAAGCUUUAUGGGAACGAACAGGCUUCAAAGAUCCUUAUUCUGUUCAAGAACGAGAAGAGUUUACAAAGUGCUUCUAUGUAUGCUCCAAUGAAAUGCAUCAAGGAGCAAAUAAUCCAUCAUAUUGUGAAUUGCCACUUUUUCACGCUCCUCUUGAUCAAAAUGACGACGGACAUCGGUUUAAUUGUGAACAUCCAGAAUAAUUAAAUAGUUUAUUCGAAUUUUGUCACGUAAUAUUUUUAUAGAUAGUUGAUGAUUACAUGAUUACAUGCAGUAUAUAGUAUAUAUUCUUUUUCUUUUCUUUUUUCUCUUUAUCAGUGGACGAUUGUUCUAGUGUCUAUAUAUAAGUUCAUAAAAAUAGGCAUUAAAGAAUUAUUUAAUUUUCUAAUAAAGACGUUGGAAUUAG